AUGGCGACCACUACCACUUGGGACGCGAUAGUCUUCGUCGUCACUUACGCGCUCGCGGUCUUUGUCACCAUUGUUGAUGCUCAGUCCUGUGGAAACAUGACCACAACUGUUUCAGUCUUCAAAACCAUCACCGAGACCAUCUCCUUGGUCUCUGGCCCGAUGACUGUUACCAUGACUGAGUCCUUCGAUGGCUUCAACUUCACUCACGUCUCUGGCACCACCUACCCUGGAAUCACUGCUACUACAGCCACGGUCACAGACACAAUCACUGUCAGAAAUGAGACCAGCUCCCAGUCCACUUCAGCUGUUGAUUCUGUUCACUCCGGUUCUGCCACUACCUUGACAAGUACCACUAAGAUCACUUCUUAUGUCAACAGUACUGUCUCUGCUACCGGUCCUGCCGUCUCCAGCGGUGCGAGUGGAAACAUCACGCGUGCAUCUGUCCCCGGCUCUCUCACUUUGACAUUCCCACUCGUCACUGCUAGUCCGCCUUGUGCUUCGGGUCUCCCGAAUGCCACCUGCGGUGAUGGGAGCUUCAUUUCAGUCGCCGGGUCUUCGACUCACAACUUGACUUCCCUCUUCACCGUGACCAGCACCGCACACCUUGGCACCAUCACGUCGGUUGCUCUGCCCACGACUGUUGUGAACACUUCGAAGCCAUUCUUCGUCAACGGGACUUUCGAGACUAGCUUCCCUUUUUCGGCCCCACCACUGUCGUCUGCCAUGAGUGUCGCAACGUCUGCCUUCGACAGCAUCACUGGGAACCAUACUGGUGGCAGCACAAGCACAAGCACUACCACAACCCUAACGACGCUCACAUUGCCAAAGACUUCUGCGACAGUUAGUGCUAUCAACUCCACACUGGAAACUGCCACACUGAUGGUCGCCACAACAACUACCACCACGACCGUCGAGCCAGUCAACCCGGUCUUGAGCCUAGCAACUUCCUUCUUCGGCAAUGCUUCAUUGAUUGCAACCAAGACUGCUACAAUGACUACCACCUCAACUGUUCAGCCCGUCAACUCAGUUUUGAGCCUAGCAUCUUCCUUCCUCGGCAAUGCUUCUUCAUUGAUUGCAACCAAGACUGUCGCUACCACAACCACUGCCACACCUCUCGAGACAGUUCUCAGCGCUGCUUCUUCCAUCCUCAGUGAGGCCACAUCGGAGAUUGCAACCAAGACCGCAAGUGCAGACGCUACCACCAUCACAGUCUACACUACCGUUGAGGCAACUGAGACUGCAAACAGUGCCGGCAUGACUUUCACAGUGACUGUCCCGGUUUAUGUCAAUACCACCACCACUUCUGUUGUUGAUAACACUGUGACUGCGAUUGACCGCUUUAACACAAGCGACACCAUUCCAAGCAAGGAAUCAGCAACAACAUUCUUGCCUUCUACAAUCCCUGUUGGUGUGCCCUUGUUGUCCGUUGUCAUGUCCAGCGAGAGCCAUAACACUAGCACCUCCACCGUCGCAAGCAACGUGUCAGUGUCGCUUCCUGUUGUGCCCACAUCGGCAUCUGGAUCUCAAGCAUCGUCAUCAGUCUCGCUCUACACUCCAGCCAUGACCGGCGCAGCAUCCUCGGUGCGCGUUCCCAGUAUCUUUGGUCUAGUCACCCGCUUCUUGAUGGUCCUCGACCUUGUCAAGCCAAAGACCUUCGUCAGAGCCGUGUCUGAACUCCUACCGCCUGAGCCAGUUACUGCUCCACCCCCACCCAGCAUGACCGCCACUCCUGGUGUCUCAGUCUCGGUCUCUAUUUCCAUCUCAACUGCACCGUGCAACUGCACCGGACGCUUGAAUGAGACCAGCAGCUUGACAGCGAACUCUACUGUCUGGUUGACCACCACAUUGCUGAGCACCUCGACCGUGACAGCUACCACGACGACCCAGGUUCCUGGUGCGCAUCCUGCUAACUCCUCAACGAUCACUACCGCAACCACGGUGCUGACGCCGCAUAUUCCUGGCGCGAGUCUUCCAACUGGGUCCGUUGUUGGUGUCACUAUCAGCUCUGCCACUCUUGUUGGGAACGUGACCUUGUCCUUGACCAAUACCACUACUGGCACAGUGAUCCCUGCCUCGGCCUCUGUGCCCCUGCACACCACCAUGCCGUUCCCCAACAUCACCAGCAGCACGGUAGCCAACGCCACGACCAUCACCGCCAACAGCAGCACAACCUUGCACCCGACCGUGACGAGCUUCUUGAGAACGCACACCACCGCCAGCGAGACCAGCACCCACACAUUCAGCCCAGUCACCACCAUCACGACGUCGUCAUCGUCCUCAACUUCUUCUUCGGUGACCCGUCUGACCGUGCACACCUUGACUGCGUUGUUGCUCCUCGCCGUCGCAGCCUGGUUCGUCUUGUGA